AUGCGACUUAUCAAUACCACGACUCUCGAGGUUGAGGAAUUCUUUGAUGUCUCCAUCCCAGAGUAUGCUAUCUUAUCGCAUACCUGGGCCGACGGUGAAGUCUCGCUUCAAGAUUGGGCCGAUCGCAAAAACCGUCGCUUUAAGCCAGGCUUCCAGAAGAUCAUGUGGGCUUGCGCUCAAGCCGCUGAGGACAAGCUAGGUUAUAUCUGGGUAGACACCAACUGCAUUGACAAGAGCAGCUCUGCAGAAUUAUCCGAAGCUAUCAAUUCCAUGUUUAGAUGGUACAGAAGAUCUGCUGUCUGCUAUGUAUACUUGGUGGAUGUCCCUGCCUUGACGCUGGACGAAUGUACCGAGCCGGACAGUGCGUUUAGAAAUGCAAGAUGGUUCACAAGAGGUUGGACUCUUCAGGAGCUGAUUGCACCGCCUAAUUUGCGGUUCUUCUCUAGCAACUGGACCAUGAUAGCGACGAGCGCUGAACUGGCGCCAUCUAUCACCGAGAUCACAGGGAUCCCAUGGUCACGUCUUCUCAAGGGCCGGCUAUCCAAGUCACAUCCACUUCGAAGAUACAGUAUCGCACAGAGGAUGUCUUGGGCGUCAAGGCGCUCGACGACUCGUAUAGAGGACCAAGCUUACUCUCUCCUCGGGCUUUUCGAUAUAUCCAUGCCCUUAGUAUACGGAGAGGGCUAUGGGGCAUUUACCAGGCUCCUCGGAGAAAUCAUUCACAAGUAUGCCGACCAGAGCUUCUUCGCUUCUCAACUACAAUAUGUCGAUUUUCUCCCUCGCUCGCCUAUGGAGUUUCGUGACUCCCAGUCAGUCGUGGUCAGCAGUUCGCCUCAGCUCCAGAGGCAUUAUAAACCAGCAGAACAUUCGCACUCAUUCCACCUGACCAACACUGGACUGCAGAUCAUUCUGCCUAUUGUGCCCACUGUGGUUCCUCACUUUGUAUUUGGCGUCCUCGAUUGCUGGGAUAUCGAGACUGCUAGUACUACAACAACACGCAACGUAUCACGAGUAUGGAUCCCGCUGCUUCGGAAGGGCAAUGAAGAGGCGCAGAGAUACUUGCGAUUAAUAUGGCCUCAAACCUUCUUCUCUGUAAAGCUACCUCAGAAAGACAGUAUCCUAUCUCACGCUGAGAAAAGGCUUUUCUCUGAAGGGGAAGGAGAUUCAGAAUCUGACUCAGACAAACCGUCCGAUCAUGUGGAAACAGUAUCAAUGACCAUGCAAACAAGCAUUCUGGUAAAGAAGCCAUAUGCGAGCAUUCUAUCAAUCCCUUUGUGGCACCCUCGCGAGGCAGGAAGUCCAUUUCUACUCUGUUUCCCCCGAGGAACCUUAAAUUAUCGUCUAUAUGGCAUUUUCCCGAGUCAUCGUGAGUCGGACCUCGAAUGGGCAUCGGAGACGCCCCCUUUGCUACCACUCAUAAUGCCACGCCGGAUGGAUCAAAACAAUCCCUAUAUGAACACUAGCGAGACGUCUGCACAAGGCCAACUAGAAGUCUACGCUGCAGUGAUCGUGUUCAAGAAGAAAGGUUCAAAACCUGCGGAAUAUGUCGCUAUUUGUUUGACAAAUGUUAGACACAUGGCUGAUGGGAACGGAAGCAGGAUGAUAUUCGAGCCAAGGUGUAAGAUUAUCCCAAACUGGUCACCGACAAAUGACCAAGAUGUGAAAGCUGUCGACUUUUGUGCCUUUCCUGACAUCGACCAUACUGGUGACACCUUAGUAGCGGUGCAGAAGAUAGCGAGCAAUCCCCGGAUCACAGCGAAGGGCCGCGAGCAUCGCUACGUUGGACUGACACAAGUUAUAUUCGACAGAAGGCAGAUGGUAGAGGAAUUGCGCUUAGUGUCAGGUAACGAAGAGAAAAGAUCGAGGGGAAUAUUGGAACACUAUGGGCAGGAAUCUUCAGACGAGCACACCGUCUCGGGUAGAGGGCAUGUAUGA